AUGCAGAGCAACCAAGAAGAGGCAGAGAGGGCCAUGGCCAUGGCCGAGGAUCUGUUCAAAGCCAACGACGUCGAGGGGGCCAUGAAGUUUGCCCUCAAGGCCAAGACCCUCUUCCCCUCCCUUCCCGGCCUCCCGCAGGCGAUCGCCGCCUACGAAGUCCACAUCGCCGGCGAGAAAAGAAAGCGAGGUGACACCCACUGGCGCUACGCGGUACUCGGCGUCACCCCUUCCGAUACCUUUCAAGCCAUCAAACGACGAUACAAGAAGUUGUGCAUCCAGAUCCACCCUGACAAGAACCGUUCUGCCGCCGCCGACGGAGCCUUCAUACUAGUAAAGGAGGCCUGGGACAUGAUAUCCGAAGGCUAUGCCGAGGCACAAAGUUGUGGUGCAAACACCCAUGCAGGACCAAAAGUUGCUCGUCAAGGUACCAGGAAUACUCGUAAUACUUCCAGUAGUCAUGGUGGAGCUAAUGCUCAUGGAGGUCCUAAUAGUUCUAGUACAUAUGGAAGUCCUACUGAUGCUAAUGGGGGUCCAAAUACUACCCCUAAUUCUUCACAUGCUUUUGGAGGAGGUAACAAUGCUUCUGGCAGUUCUCGUGGUCAUGCUGCGCAAGGAUAUUGGUACUGGGAAUUCUAUAAUGCUUAUGGGCCAAACUCGUACCGUAAUUACCAUCAGUGUAAUUUUUAUGGUGCAUACUUUAUCCGGCAACGCGUGGUUCUAGUUCCAUCGACUCCCUGGCAUGUCCCAAAUCAUGCAAGCCAUGAGCAUCGGGCAAGAGGCGGGACCAAAAACCAUGAAUUUGGAUGGGCAUGCCGAUGUUAA